AUGGCAUAUCUGUUUGAUCUAUUAGUGGAAGACACUCUCUCUUUGUUAGGAGGAAAAAUGUUGAAGUAUUCGAGGAACCCACUAGUUGCCGCUACUAAAGGACCCUGUUUGUCAUCCCCCAUUUUAUUUACAUCUAUCCGUGGCUAUUCACAGACUCGAUUCCAUAACGGGAAGAAAACUUCAAAGAAUACCAAUCAAACCUCCAAAGAACCUAACGGUGGUCAUAAGAAAAAGUUACUCAUAUUGGGAUUAUUAGCCAUUGGUACCACUGCCCUUUCAUUAAGUUAUCAAAAGAAUAACCCUAUAGAGUUUAUAGAACCUCAAAAAGAAAAGAAACAAAAGAAGAUGUCAACUACAGCUUUUACUCCAGAUCAAGUGUCAGUAAUAUUUGUCCUUGGUGGACCAGGUGCUGGUAAAGGUACACAAUGUGCUAAAUUAGUUGCUGAUUAUGGAUUUGUUCAUUUAUCUGCUGGUGAUUUAUUACGUGCCGAACAGAAUCGUGAAGGCUCUGAAUUCGGUACUUUAAUUAAACAUUACAUUACUGAAGGUUUAAUUGUUCCUCAAGAGAUCACGUUGGCUUUAUUAAAGAAUGCCAUUCAAGAAAAUUAUGAUAAGGGGAUGAAAAAAUUCUUAGUAGAUGGAUUCCCUAGAAAGAUGGAUCAAGCUCUUUCAUUUGAAGAGCAAAUUGUACCAAGUAAGUUUAUAUUAUUUUUCGAUUGUCCAGAAGACGUUAUGUUAGAAAGAUUAUUAGACCGUGGCAAAACUAGUGGUAGAGUAGAUGAUAACAUUGAAUCUAUCAAGAAAAGAUUCAAAACUUUUGAAGAGACAAGUAUGCCCGUGGUUAAGUAUUUCGAAGACCAACAUAAGGUCAUUAAGAUCCGUUGUGACUCACCUGUUGAUGAUGUUUACAAACAGGUGAAGGCAGCCGUUGACGAAAGAAUCAAUUAA